GAAGACAUUGAAUUCAACUUGUCAUUGGAUUCGUCAAGGGUAUUCCUUCUUCUUCAUUUGUUGGACAACAUACUACUUACCAGGUUGCUUUUAUCUUAUGCAAAUGGAAAGCUAUUCAAUUGAUUCUAGUUUUCUACAAACGCCAUCAUUUGCUUCUAUAACUUUGGGGAAUUGGGUUCUUGAUGUACCAGACAACUUAAAGAUUAAAAUAGGUCAUGUUUUUUUGAGUUUUGUAGAAUGCCAAGCGUUCUACAAUCAGUAUGCCCGGGAAUCAGGGUUUAGCAUACGUUGUAGGUUAUCUUCAAAAAGUAGAAAUGGGGAUAAAACUUGGAAAGCAUAUGUGUGUUCAAAAGAAGGCUUUAGGAAACAACCUAAAACUGGCCUUGAAGUUAUAACCCAUCCUCAAGAGCAGGAUCCCCUUUCUGAGCAGUAUCCCCUAUCUGAAGAAUCAAUAAACUCAAAACAACCAAAAAGAAAGAAAAGAGCUGAAACUCGAGAAGGGCGAGAUUAUGAGAAAUUGAAAGUGAUUUUAGAGAGUACGACUUCCCUUGAGCAUCAACUCACUGAUAUGGGGCCAACAGUUGGAAAUGAUAAAAGGAAAGACUUGGAAGCUUAUUUUGGAUGCAAAGUGCCUGAUAGAGUUGAAAUCCAUCCUCCUACGAUUGGAGUCACGAAGACAAGGAAAAAGAGGAUUAAGAGUGGUGUGGAGAAGGGUCAAGAAAAACAAAAGCACACUCGACGUUGUCGUUCAUGCAACAAAAUGACUACGCAUGACAGCCGUAAUUGUCCAUUGAAAAACAACAGCAAAAGCAGCAGUGAUGAAGAGUAACCAAGUACUCAAAAUCUUUACAAUUGGACUGCUUGGGUUUCUUGAAGCCGUGCAGUGAGCUCCGUGACUAUCACCUGUUAACUUGGAAGCAAAACAACAAUAGGGAGGUCUAGCAGCUACUGUUUAGAGAUUAGCAGAAGCCGAAGUUGGAAUUUGAGCUCUGUAUAUGCCUACUGUUCCGUCUUAGUUCUUUUUUAUUGCAGACUAUGGAAAAAAAUGGGGAGUUGAAUG